GCGGACUGAGAGUCCAACGCGGGGAUGGCGUGUGCGACGCCCUGUGUCGUCCGGGUCCCUCGCUGGAGCUGGGUGAGGGGGGCAGCGCCUCAUGGCGGCCUCUUUCCCCUCCCGGAGCGCUCUGGUCUCCCCUUCACCUCCGGUGUCUCCCCUCUCCUGAAGCCCAUCCCUGCAGGGAAGGAACCAGCCUUCGCUGGUCAUCCCCAGAGAGCGUGUUCUCCCUGGCAAGAAGGUGACGAGGGAAAAGCAGCAUCCUCCCCAUCCGCAGGGUGACUUUGUUGUCAGAUAUCCCACCGGCAUUAAACUUUAUAAACUAUGGAAAAUCCUAAUUAACCCAACGUGGUGGGAUGCUCCUACACGACUUCUUGGUUUACCUCAGGUUGUUUGUAUUUUCCUGUGAGUUUUCAUGGAUUUAGAGACUCAAGUCACGUUUUAAAACAGGGUUUUUCUUGCCGUAGCAUAACAGGAUAGCAUCUGGUCAACGCCGUCUUGGCUAAGCCAGGAAGGGUAUCCAGCCUGCAUGGACAGGGCAACAUUCGCCUGUUCCACUGCCUUCUUCCGUGAUUACAACAGUUCAUCUCAGGGUGCAUUCUGCCUCCCCGGAGGACACGUUGACUUUAUUGAAAAAGUAGAGUCAUUCACUUACUCAGACUUUUUCCGGGAUUAUUUGAUUCCCAACCAUCCCUGUAUUUUCUCAGCUAAAUUCACUGAAGACUGGGGCAGCAGGAGAAAUUGGGUUACUUGGGAUGGAAAGCCUAACUUUGAUCAUCUGCUGCAGAAGUUUGGAGAGGCGGUAGUACCUGUUGCCAACUGUGAUGUGAAGGAGUACAAUUCUAAUCCGAAGGAGCAGCUCCCCUUCAAGGAGUAUGUAAAGUACUGGAAAGAGUACAUUAAAAAUGACUACCGUUCAUCCCGAGGGUGCCUUUAUCUAAAGGACUGGCACCUGAGCAGAGCUUUCCCCGAGCAAGAUGUUUAUACAACCCCUGUGUAUUUCUCAUCUGACUGGCUGAAUGAAUACUGGGAUGCUAUAGCUGUGGAUGAUUACCGGUUUGUCUACAUGGGACCUAAAGGUUCAUGGACUCCAUUCCAUGCUGAUGUCUUCCGUUCCUAUAGCUGGUCAGCCAACAUAUGCGGGAGAAAGAAAUGGCUGUUGUACCCCGCGGGACAGGAGGAGUAUCUGAAAGAUCGCCAUGGCAACUUGCCCUUCGACGUGACUGCACCCAGUCUUCAGGACAGGAGUGUUUACCCUCGCUACAACCAAAGUCAACCCCCUGUUGAAAUUGUGCAGGAGGCAGGGGAGAUAGUCUUCAUCCCCAGUGGAUGGCAUCAUCAGGUUUACAAUCUGGAGGAUACCAUUUCCAUUAACCACAACUGGGUGAAUGGCUGCAAUGUGGCUAUAAUGUGGUGCUUCCUGCAGGAUGAAUUAGCAGCUGUCCAGCGGGAAAUCAAUGAAUGGAAGGACCCUAUGGAUGAUUGGCACCUACAAUGCCAGCUGAUCAUGAAGUCUUGCACGGGUAUAGACUACAAGGAGUUCUACAACUUCCUCAAAGUUAUUGCAGAGAACAGGAUUUCUGUCUUGGAAAACGGCCUCGAUGACGAAGCUUCGGCAAAGAACACUCCAAAAGCUGCCAUUUCCACCUUGGGCAUGCUCCACGCAGUGUUUGAUUUAAAGAGGACUGUGAAGGUGUUAACAUCAUUGAGUGCUAACGAAGAUUUCAAGAAACUAGACCUGACGUCACUUUCUCCACCUCCGGAGGCGUUGCUCCACCACUUGAAAGCAGCAAUAGAUACGGCGCUACUCUAACUUCCUUAUUUAUUCAGCUCUUUGUAAAAUGAACCUUUUGCAAAAUGGGUGUUUGUAGAAGACUGACUCCUUCCCCUUUAAGAGCUGUUGCAGUUUAACUACGAAGAGCCUUAAUAUAGAGUGGGGAGAGAGUACAUUCAUGAGAAGACUGAAUACUUUUUAAGUUGGUGGCACUUGAGUAUCUAGAGUAAUUGGACAGGAAAAAAAAUCUCAGAUACAGGUUAAAACCGAAAUCAUGUGAGUAUUGAUUACGAGCCCCGCUGGUGAGUAUGCAUUCAGGGAAGGGGAACAAUUUCUCUGUGCAUCGACAUAGGAACCUCAAGGCCAAACACUGAGAUUGCAGUGUUCUGCACAGUAUUCCCUCUGCUUCUGAGAGCACUGCAUACAGCCAGCAAACCUGCACUCCAGGCCUUGGCAGUUAAGCUCUGCUUUGGCUGGACACACCUAAAUGGCUCCAAGACCUGUCCUGCCUCCAGGUGCAGCCUUUUUUUUAAAAAAAUAUUAGAGGACCCUAGUUAGUGAGCUUCUCUUGAAGCCUGAGCUGGCUCAACAGCUGUGGCCUGGAUGUGGAAUAGCUGACGACUGUUUUCCUGUACAGUGGCAUCUCUCUAAAGCUGAAAGUCUUGGGUAGAGUCAGCCCUCAUACUGCUCCAGGGUCUGCAGGAUUCAAUUUAACAUAUCAGGAAGCUGGAAUCCUCACAGCAGAUCUGCCACUAAUGAUUUAAGCAUUUGAUCUACCCAGGCUUAGGAGGCGGAACCUGAAUGCACUCUCACAUUUCUACACACUAUUUCAAGGCACAGUAUUUUAUCAGGCAGAGAUUUGAUUAAUCAGGGAAGCUAGCAAGUAGCCUCAUGUUAUCUCCUAAAAAAGCCAUGCUGCUAACACACCAAAUAGCACUGCUGCAUGGUUACAUAGCACAAUUGCAACCUGAAUGCUACCCUUGGGCUAAAAGAGUAUUUCCAGUGAAGUAUCCCUCUUGCUUUUACUGGUUAGUGAGAAAUCCUAGAAGCACAAACGGCUGCACACUGUUACCUUAGUUGCCCCUUUAGGGCUCACUUGAAUUAUAGCUCAAGAACUUCCUCGAUUUUUGACCAGUGAGAGCAACUAAUAACCAUAUGUUUAGAAGGUGCAAUAGUAGAAAUCGUCAGUAGGCUGAAAAAUCACAUUGUUUUCUAGAUAAUCGCGUGGAGUUUGUACGUGCAUGCAUUUUGCAUGUCCUAUUUUCUAGUAGAAGUUCUGCAUUUUGAAUAGCAAGCGAUACCUGAAAUUAAAAAUCAAUACCCAGAGCAUGGAAGAGGGCAGUAUGGAGGAAACAGGCUUUUUUUUCCUUAACAGCUGUGACUCCAUCUCAGUGAUUCAACCUUCUGGCAGGGUGUUUCUUUGGACUGGAAAACUGCCAGUUUGAAGCAACUCUGAAAUUAAAAGUUCACAGCUGUUACUUAAGGCUGUUUACGUUCUCAAAGGCAGCUGGAGCUGUCUUAGGCGAAUAAGGUGAGAUUUCACAGAGGUGAGGAACAGUGGUUUAAAGCUGACAAUGAGUGUAUCGGUGGGAAAGCAUGUUUUUGGUCUUGUCUUCCCCAGUCUCACUGCAUGCUGUGCAACUGGCGUUGGCACCGACCACUUUAAACACUGAAUUUUUAUAAAGGGUUUGCUUAGACAAAUGGUACUUUUUAUUUCAUGUCCCAUGAAGCUGGAACUGCUUAACUUUGCUGUGUGAAAACAGCAAAAAUACAAGCCUAGCUUUUUUUACACUGAGAACCCAGUAUCUCAGCGUACUCAGGAUUGGGAUGGAUGGCGUGACUUUGCUGCGACGCAAAAAUUCAGGCAGCAGUUCUCGGGGAAGAGGCAUCAUUUCUGCAGUUAGUUCCUCUUCCCUGUGGAACGGUGGUAAGGAAGGAGAGAGGCCAGCGUGGUAGGGUGGCUAAAGAGGUGUUCAAGUAAAGGGAAGGUGGGUCUCAACUACUCGCCCUGUCUUCACCAGGGCUGUCUCUGUACUGUGGUAUCUCCAGCUCUGAUGAUGUGCAACAGCUCCUUCAUAAGGCCUGCAAAGGCUUAGUGUGAUCAGUGUGACACAACGGUGUAAAAAAUAGUAGUUUAAUUGCAGGAAAUUAUCUUAAAGUUUAAGCUGUGUUCAACUAACCGAUUCGGCAGGGAACAGAAGCACAAAAAUUAGUGGUAUUGAGUCAGUCUCUCUUACGAUUACAUUAGGGAACUAAUUUGUAGU